GCCGCGAUCCAGAUCCAGGUACGUCUUCCUCCAGCCCCGCGAUUUCACCUCCACCCCCGCUUCUCCUGCGGCAAUCCAUCGCUCGCGUCGUCCCUACUGGGUGACAAGAGGGCGACCACGCCCACCUCCACACUCUUCGACCUGUCCCCAGCCUGCCGCUGCAUUUUCUCUAUCUUCCGUCCGGCUAUUUUUUUGCUGAAUGGUUGUUCAGCAUGGGUCUGGUGAAGGAAGGCGUCGACAUGGAGGAGGGAACCCUAGAGAUCGGCAUGGAGUACAGGACUGUAUCUGGUGUGGCCGGGCCUCUGGUUAUCUUGGAUAAAGUAAAGGGCCCAAAGUACCAAGAAAUUGUAAACAUCCGACUUGGAGAUGGCACCACUCGCCGUGGUCAAGUCCUUGAAGUUGAUGGAGAAAAAGCUGUUGUGCAGGUUUUUGAAGGAACUUCUGGAAUAGACAACAAAUACACAACCGUGCAGUUUACAGGCGAGGUUUUGAAAACUCCUGUCUCACUCGAUAUGCUUGGGCGCAUUUUUAAUGGUUCUGGAAAACCUAUUGACAAUGGCCCCCCGAUAUUACCUGAAGCCUACUUGGAUAUCUCUGGAAGUUCUAUUAAUCCCAGUGAGAGAACCUAUCCAGAGGAGAUGAUCCAAACUGGGAUAUCCACCAUUGAUGUGAUGAACUCCAUUGCUCGUGGGCAAAAAAUCCCCCUAUUUUCUGCUGCUGGACUCCCUCACAAUGAAAUUGCUGCUCAGAUCUGUCGUCAGGCUGGCCUUGUGAAGACAUUGGAGAAAGGAAAGCAUGCAGAGGGUGGUGAAGAUGACAACUUUGCUAUUGUGUUUGCUGCUAUGGGAGUGAACAUGGAAACAGCUCAAUUCUUCAAACGUGAUUUUGAAGAGAACGGUUCCAUGGAACGGGUCACCCUUUUUCUGAAUCUGGCUAAUGAUCCCACCAUUGAACGUAUUAUCACCCCUCGGAUUGCUCUAACAACAGCAGAAUAUUUGGCAUAUGAAUGUGGGAAGCAUGUACUUGUCAUCUUGACAGAUAUGAGCUCUUAUGCAGACGCACUUCGUGAGGUUUCUGCAGCCCGAGAAGAGGUGCCAGGUAGGCGUGGUUAUCCUGGAUAUAUGUAUACUGAUCUGGCAACAAUAUAUGAGCGUGCUGGGCGUAUUGAAGGAAGAACAGGGUCCAUUACCCAAAUUCCUAUUCUGACAAUGCCUAAUGAUGAUAUCACACACCCAACUCCGGACCUUACUGGAUACAUUACUGAGGGACAGAUAUACAUUGAUAGGCAGCUCCAUAACAGACAGAUUUAUCCACCUAUCAAUGUCCUGCCAUCUCUAUCUCGAUUGAUGAAGAGUGCUAUUGGUGAGGGCAUGACACGUAGAGACCAUUCGGAUGUGUCUAAUCAGCUUUAUGCCAACUACGCAAUUGGAAAGGAUGUUCAGGCCAUGAAGGCAGUCGUUGGAGAGGAGGCACUCUCGUCUGAGGAUCUGCUUUACUUAGAGUUCCUUGACAAGUUUGAGAGGAAGUUUGUGACACAAGGAGCAUACGACACACGGAACAUCUUCCAGUCACUAGAUCUUGCAUGGACAUUGCUUCGGAUCUUCCCUCGCGAACUUCUCCACCGUAUCCCGGCGAAGACCUUGGACCAGUACUAUAGCAGAGAUGCCUCCCACUGAAUCACUGAUCGUUGAUCAGUGUUCCAAUAGUUUGGCAAGUGUUGAAUAAAUUGAACAGAUUGGCUUCAUGGCCUUUUCCCUGUAUUUAUGUGUAGUCAGGUCCAAUUCUUUUCUGUUGAUGAGCGCAAGUUUUUCGUAGAUGACUCGCGGUCACGGCAAUAUUUGUGAUAUUGUGUCAUCUGUGGACUAUGGUUAAAUUUCAGUUAUUUGUUUUCUUUCACCUUCCAGAACUGUUAGCAAGAGCAUUCUGGACCAGGAUGCUCGAACACAACUGGCUGUAUGUACAUUUGUGAAUGGUGAAUAAAGAAGGGGCAAUAAACUGCUGCGAAAUA